UGCAGACGAAAAACAAUAAUGGCGGACUACGGACACGAUUCUGGUGGAAGAGUAAAGGGUAUCAAUCUUGUCAAGCCAAUUGUCUACGGAAACAUCUCAAGAUACUUUGGUAAGAAACGAGAAGAAGAUGGACACACUCACCAAUGGACAAUCUACAUUAAACCCUAUCGGAAUGAGGACAUGUCAACAUACGUAAAGAAGAUCCAGUUCAAACUACACGAGAGUUAUGCCAACGCAAUCAGAGUUGUCAGCAAACCCCCGUAUGAGAUCCAGGAGACGGGUUGGGGCGAGUUUGAAAUUAUCAUAAAGAUCUUUUUUGUGGAUCCAAAUGAAAGACCAGUCACCUUGUAUCAUUUCUUGAAGCUCUUCCAAACAGACACAAACGUUUUCCUAGGCAAGAAGACGCUCGUUUCUGAACAUUACGAUGAAAUGAUUUUCCAGGAUCCUACUGCGAUGAUGCAGCAGCUACUUUGCAGCUCAAGAGUCUUAACGCUUGGAGCUCACAAACAUGAAACAGACUUCAACGAGCUUGAAGAAAAAACCAAUGUAGCUCUCCAGUCCGCCAGGAAGAAGAUUCGCUUUGAGAUCACGGAACUCAACGAGCGUCUUAAGCAGAGCAAAGACACCAUCACCCACUUCAAGGAGGAGAUCAGGAAACUAGAGGAGCAAGAGAGGAAGAAAGAGCGCCAGGAGAAGGUCAAGGAAAAGGUCACAUGACGUGUCAAAGGUCAUGAUUGGAUGUUUCACCUUGCUUUGGUUUGUCUCGUGAGUUUGCCAGACAUUGAAGGACAGCAUCUUUUGUGUGCACCAAACCACCAUCAGAUGUUUUCCAGGCAAAAUGCAACGCAUUAGAAAUAAACAACUUUUCUAUAUGCAUCAAUAUACAGUAGAGGAUUCCGUUGCCAGUGUGAGCUCUGAUGGGCUACUUCUGCUCUUCAUCAAUUGGUAACUGUUGAGAACUGUGUUUAUGUUUUGUUUGAUCGACCAUGAAAUAACCAACCUAUAAAAAUGUGGGCUUAAUCCAUUGUGUGAGUUGGGAGACAACCAUGGACAAUAAUCAACACGUAAUUAAACACAAUGCCCUUUAUUUUGGCUGUAACAACCAAAAACCAGCUUUUUUUAAAAAGGUUUUCAGAUACAACUUUCUUGAAAGAGUGUAAUAUUUCAUAGAAAAGUGGGUCUAUUAACUUUUUAUAGCUUUCAGAUAAAAACUUAACAAUGGUGUUUUUUAUGAUCCUUACCAAUUCUGUACAAUACAUUGAAAAGGCGAGCACCAGUGUAUUGUCAUGCAGUAAUUGUAUCACAGUACUUGUAAUAAUGUAAAUAAAUCAUGAAGUUUUCAAAGUCAUGAAGUAAUUUUU